AUGUCCGGUGCCAGGAACCUCUCUGUCGCCCUUCGACGGGCUCGCGUGCCCAAGCCUCGCUCUCUGCUUCGUCCUCUGUCCGUCUGCGCUCCGUCUCCCGCGGCGAACUCCGUCCGCGCCUUCAGCGUCACCUCCGCGGCCAAUGCGACCAAGGAGAUCAAGUACACCAGCGCCGCCUACCCCAACCUGAAGCGGGAUUCCAAGUUCGCCGAAAUCUCUGCCGACGAUGUUGCUUUCUUCAAGGAACUGCUGGGCGCCCAAUCCGCCGUGAUCGAUGGUGUCACCACCGAUGCGGCCGACGAUAUCGAGCCCUUCAACAGCGACUGGAUGCGCAAGUACCGCGGUCACACGAGACUGGUUCUCAAGCCCCAGACGAAGGAGGAGGUCAGCAAAGUGCUGCAAUAUUGUAACGAGAAGAAGUUGGCGGUGGUUCCUCAGGGUGGCAAUACUGGACUGGUUGGCGGUUCCGUGCCGGUGUUUGACGAGAUCGUCAUCAACCUCUCUCGCAUGAACCAGAUUCGCUCCUUCGAUGAAGCUUCUGGUGUGCUGGUUGUCGAUGCCGGUGUCAUCCUGGAGGUUGCCGACCAGUACCUCGCUGAGCGCAACCACCUCUUCCCCUUGGACCUGGGCGCCAAGGGCUCCUGCCAUGUCGGUGGCAAUGUGGCUACCAACGCUGGUGGUCUGCGUCUGCUCCGCUACGGCAGUCUCCACGGCACCGUCCUCGGUGUGGAGGCUGUUCUGGCUGACGGAACUGUCGUCGACUCUCUGUCCACCCUGCGCAAGAACAACACUGGAUACGACCUGAAGCAGCUGUUCAUUGGUUCCGAGGGUACCAUCGGUAUCAUCACCGGUGUGUCCAUCCUGUGCCCCCCUCGUCCCAAGGCUGUCAAUGUCGCCUACUUUGGUCUUGAGAGCUACGACCAGGUCCGUCAGGCCUACCGGGAAGCCAAGGGGCACCUGUCGGAGAUUCUCUCCGCCUUUGAGCUCAUGGACGGCCGCACGCAGAAGCUCGUCCACGAGUCCACGGGAACCAAGUAUCCCCUGGAAGGCGAGUACCCGUUCUACUGUCUCGUCGAGACCAGCGGAUCCAACGCCGAGCACGACAUGGCCAAGCUGGAGGGAUUCCUGGAACACAUCAUGGGUGAGGGCAUUGUUGCCGACGGUGUCCUGGCUCAGGACGAGACCCAAUUCCACGCCAUCUGGCGCUGGAGAGAGGGUAUCACGGAGGCACUGAGCCACUUGGGUGGCACCUACAAGUAUGACGUCUCCAUUCCUCUGCCAGAGCUGUACCAGCUGGUCGAGGACUGCAAGGAGCGUCUGACGAAGCUUGGAUUCGUUGGCGACGACGACUCGUUCCCCGUCCGUGCGGUUGUGGGUUACGGCCAUAUGGGUGACUCUAACCUGCACUUGAACAUCUCUGUGCGCCAGUACAACAAGGAGGUCGAGAAGGCCAUUGAGCCUUGGGUGUACGAGUGGAUCCAGAAGCGGAACGGCAGCAUCAGUGCCGAGCACGGUCUCGGUCUUGCGAAGAAGGAGUUCAUCGGAUACAGCCAGAAUGAUACCAUGGUGAAGUUGAUGAAGCAGCUGAAGGGGCUAUACGACCCGAAUGGAAUCUUGAACCCCUACAAGUACAUCUAG